AUGCGUAGGUUCGAGCAUGGCAUCAGCUUUCUUCGCGUCGUUGGAGCGGUGUUCCUGCAUCAACCUCUCCACCUCCGACGACGCCGACGACGCCUUGGAAGCCCAAGACCGUCCCCUCAUGUUCUCCAACUCCAUCUCCAAGUCCAAUUCCUCCUCCGCCCCCAUCUUCUCCACCGCCAUCGAUCCCGUCGUUUCUCUUCGUGCCUGAGAGGAGAUCCUUCGUCGUUGAUUUGUCUUUUGCCUUGA